AUGGAUCGACUUAAUUUAUUUCUUGUGGUUCUCUUUUGUUUAGCUGUAUCAGACGUGUAUUGCAGGCAUCCUCGUAAAGUGCACAGGACAAAAGAUGGCAGGAUAGUCGGCGGCAGUGAGGUCUCCAUACAAAACUAUCCUUACCAAGCGUAUCUAUUACUGAAGCAAGCAAUUACAGGAGAUUACUACCAAUGCGGCGGAUCUAUUGCCACCAAGCAGUGCGUUCUCACCGCGGCCCAUUGCAUUUCCGGCAUGGAAUCUGUCAACAUAAGAGUUGGUAGUACAGAAGCUUCCAGUGGUGGUACAACUUACAACUCCAGAAAACUGAUAAUGCAUCCACAAUACAACGCUGCGAAUAGUGAUUACGAUGUAGCUGUGAUCAAAUUGUCGCGGAAUAUCGCUAUUGAUGGUACUAAUAGUACUACAGCCACUUUACCGUCUGGGAACUGCACUGUACCUGCUGACACCAACUUGACUGUCACUGGCUGGGGUGAUACUAGCGAAAAUGGAAUGACAAGUGAGAAUUUGAUGGCAGUGACAAUUAAAGCAGUGGCUUACGAUGAUUGCAAGAAAACCUACAAGACCUUAACUCCUAGGAUGUUAUGCGCCGGUGUGCCUGAGGGCGGUCGAGAUUCAUGUCAGGGUGAUUCUGGUGGCCCAUUAGUAAAAACUGGUACCAAAGAGCAAGUGGGUGUGGUAUCGUUUGGCAGUGGAUGCGCGAGGAAAGGCUAUCCUGGAGUAUAUAGUAACCUUUGUAAUCCCAACAUCCAGAGAUGGAUUAGAAUGAUGGGUUGCGCGUAA